GAUUUUUUUUAACUAACAAUAAGUUGUGUAUAGUUUGUUCGAAAAUCGUUCUACAUGUUCACGUGAAAAUCAGCCAUGCGUCUCAUGUAAAUUUAUAUUUAGUUGGACUUGUGAUUGGUCAAGUUUUUUCAUGCACAUAUAUUAUAUGUCAUUACGUAUGUGUAAGUUGCUGGAUGUACUUUCACUUGUGCUAUUCUUUAAACUUGUGUUGUCAUCGUACCACGUUGGAUUUUACAAGAAGAAAGAAUUUACUUUUCAUCCCCAAAUACAUAAAAUAUACUGAAAUGGAUUCCAAUCAGACGAGUAACUCUGCUGACAAUGCUAUACAAUCCAAUGGAUACAGAAAAGAAGUUGCGAAAGAAAUCCUAAUACCGAUGCCAUGGGGUCAUAUUAGCGGACAAUGGUGGGGAUCAUCAGAUGAGCAACCUAUAGUGGCCAUACAUGGCUGGCAGGACAAUUCAGGAACUUUUGACAACUUGGCAAAAUUGUUGCCGUCAAAUAUAGCUAUACUAAGCAUAGAUCUGCCUGGUCAUGGCUUUUCUUCUCAUCUACCAGAUGGACAAUUCUACUAUAUAUUUUGGGAUGGGAUUGUCAUACUGCGCAAAUGGUGGGGUCCUAGAGAGCUCCAACCGAUAGUGGCAUUGCAUGGUCGUCAAGAUAAUGCAGGAAGUUUUGACACAUUAAUACCAUUGCUUCCCGAUGAUGUUUCUGUUCUUUGCUUGGAUAUGCCAGGGCACGGUUUAUCUUCACAUUAUCCAACGAGCCAAUUCUAUUAUGUCUAUUGGGAUGGUAUCAUAUUUCUGCGUAGAAUCAUAAAACAUUUCCAAUGGAAUAAGGUAAGAUUGCUCGGACACUCACUGGGUGGUGCUAUAGCCUUUUUAUAUGCAGCAUCAUAUCCUGAUGAAGUGGAUGCGAUUAUAAGUUUGGAUAUUGCUAGUCCGAGCGUAAGGGAUAUCACAAAAACAGCUGCAGUCACUGGAGAAUAUAUUGAUAAAUUUUUGAAGUAUGAAAUAUUAACACUGGACAACAUUCCAUGUUAUGAAUACAAAGAAAUGAUCGACAUAGUGGAAAAAGCAUAUGGUGGUUCUGUAACAAGAGAAGCAGCAGAAAUCUUAAUGAAGCGUGGUAUGCAACCAUCGUAUGAAAAAGGCAAAUAUUACUUUUCCCGCGAUUCAAGAUUAAAGGUUUCCCUUUUGGGCAUGUUAUCCCUAGAUUUAGUACUCGAAUACGCAUCCCGAAUAAAAUGUGCUUAUCUCAACAUUCGUGCUGUUCCUGGGAUGAAGUUUGAACAACCUGAAAAUUAUCAGAAAGUAUUAGAUAAUAUAAAAGUAGGAGCUAGAAAGUUUGAAUAUCAUGAAGUGAAAGGCACACAUCACGUGCAUUUAAAUGAACCUGAACAAGUUGCGCCUAUAAUUAAGAAAUUUUUACAGAAUUUAUAACAGAAUUUAUUUAUUAAUAAGUGUAGUUACUUAAGACAAAGCGACGAGUGAUCACUAGGAAAUUUGUCUGAAACCAAAAUGCAUAUAGCGAUGCAAAUUUAUAUUUAACGCACAUAUACUUGCAUUGCAUCGACAGAUUUUGCAACAAAAUUUCGAACAAAAUGCUUAAUAUAAAUUAUUAAUUAGCAAUAAUAAGUAGUAAUAGUAAUGCAAAAAAAAACAUUGUGAUGAUUAAUAAUUAUCAUUGUGUUAUUCUGCUAUCACGUAUACAGUAAUACAAAAUUGAUAUAAAAGUAAAAGCUUUGGAACAACAAUUAAAAGAAAGACUAUGUGUAUAAAUAAUGCAGGUAAACUAAAGACAUCGAGACAAAUAUGUUCAAUAAAAAUUUCUUGUUCAGCUUUGUAUGUUGUUGCCUGUAUAUCAGAAUAAAUAAAUUAUUUAAUGUUAAUUUA